AUGCCAGUUACAAGACAAACGACAAAUCAACCGGAUGAAUUUCGAGCAGACAUGAAGGAAGCUAUACAAAGUGAGUUGCACCAAUUCUUUAAAUCAUCUGACUUUAAGACGAUCCUAUCUGAAGCAGUAAAUACACUCAUCGAACAAUCCGUUCAACAAGCUACAUUUCCUCUUAUAAAGCGAAUCGAAGCGCUGGAAACAGAGUUAACAAAGGUCACAAUAAAAGCGAAUGAAAAUGAGCAAUACUCCAGAAAAUAUAACUUAAGAAUUAUAGGGUUGGUCGAAACCGAUGGUGAAGAUUGCGUUCAAAAGGUAGUUCAGUUUGUAGAUGAAAAGUUGCAUCUCAAUAUCGUUAAAGAAGAAAUUGACCGUGCACAUCGCCUUGGCCCAAAGAUCUCAACUCGGUCAAGACCGCUAAUUGUAAAAUUCAAAUCAUAUGGUACAAAGGCUGCAAUUUGUAAACGACGAAAAGAUCUGAAAGGCACACAGUUUUAUAUAAAUGAAGACCUGACCAAGUACAACGUUAAUCUGUUCAAAUACGCUCGCGAACAUAAUACUCAUAUUAAAUCUGUCUGGACGACGGACGGUAAAAUAUUAGUUCGUAAUAAAGACGACAAAAUAAUUCGAAUUCAUCACAUGGAUGAUUUUGAAAAAUUUAAUUUGGUCUAA